AUGUUAUGUUGGACAUUAAAGACUAGAAAUCAACAAGUUAUAGAUCAAGUAAAUUCAGAUCAAUGGAAUAAACCAGAUAAAGAAGGAGAGCUAAAGAAACAAGGACAUAUCGUAAAGAAUUGGAAGAAAAGAUGGUUUAGAAUUCAAAAGGAUAUGUUGUUUUACUUUAAGGAGCAAUCGGACCAACGUCCCAUCGGUGUUGUUCCAUUGAGAAUGUGUCGUGUAUCGGUCAACUCUUCGAUCGGUAAGCAAUACUGUUUCGAGUUGGUUUCACCAAGAAUCGACAAAACCUUUUACAUACAAGCGACCUCACAGGACGAAAUGAACCAAUGGAUCAAAGCAGUCGAAAAGGGUUCGGAAUACUCUACAGUUGGAACACCAUUCAAUUUGAAACAUAUAGUACAUGUUGAUUUUAAUUCUGCAACUGGUUUCUCUGGAUUACCAAAAGAAUGGGAAGUCAUUUUGAAAUCAAAUAAUGUAUCAAAAGAUGAAGUUUUGGAUAAACCAAAUGAAUGGUUGAGCGUAUUGGAAUUCCAAGCAGGUAGAACAACUGAAAAGACUGCAAGCGGUACAGUUUCACCAUUACCAGAUGAAUCAAAUCAAACUUUAAGUGAUUUGGUCAGUAAAGAGGAUCCAACAAAGAUUUAUAAGAAUAUGACAAAGAUUGGAGAGGGUGCAGCAGGUGAAGUAUUUGUUGCAACAUCAUCAAAGAAUAAUAAGCGUGUCGCUAUCAAAAAGAUUGAGAUCAACAAUGAGAAUGCCAAGUUGUUAGUUACAGAGAUUGCCAUUAUGAAGACAUCGCAACACGACAACAUUGUAAAUUAUAUGGACAGUUAUAUUCUUAAUGACCGUGAGCUCUGGGUAGCCAUGGAGUUUAUGGGUGGUGGUUGUCUCACCGAUAUUCUCGAGGCGUUCGAUCACGUCAAGAUGACAGAGCCACAGAUUGCCUACGUCGUUCGUGAAACUCUUAAAUCACUCCAAUACAUUCACAGUCUGCAUCGUAUACACCGUGACAUCAAGUCGGACAACAUCCUGCUUGGUUCGGAGGGAUCGGUAAAGAUUGCUGAUUUCGGAUAUGCCGCACAGCUCACCCAGAAACAACAGAAGCGAAACACCGUCGUUGGAACACCCUACUGGAUGGCACCAGAACUUAUUCGUGGUCACGACUACGGUGUCAAAGUUGACAUCUGGAGUCUUGGUAUCAUGAUGAUGGAGAUGGCCGAGGGUGAGCCACCCUACAUGGAUUUCCCACCACUCAGAGCACUCUUUUUAAUCACAACCAAAGGUAUUCCACCACUCAAGGAGCAAUCCAAGUGGAGCAAAGACUUCCUCGAUUUCUUUGCCAAGUGUCUCGAUAUCAAUGUACAAACUAGACCGGAUGCAUCCGCACUCCUCAGACAUCCAUUCAUGGAUAAAGCUUGUGACGGAUCUCAAUUUAAACCAUUAAUUCAAUUAUCAAGAGAGUCCUCAUAA